AAUAAUUGAAUAUUAAAAUCAAAGAGAGUUUUUGAUGCUUCUUGAUAUAUAUUUUUGCUUUUUUUUUAUACAAUGACAAGAUAUAUUUCUAUUGAUUUUCUUAUAUUAUUUUAAUCAUAACACAUAAACUAAUUAAUUUUAUUCAAUUAUUUCUUUAUUUUUAAUUUAUUUUUAGUUUUUGGCCCCAAAAAAAAAAAACUAUGGCUUUAUCAUCUUUAAUUGGUAAAUGUCAAUGUAUUAAUGAAAAAUGUUUCGAAGAACAAUAUGCUAUUUGUCCACAUUGUCAUCUAUGGCUUUGUCUUAAACAUGCAUGUAAUCAUCAAGAAUUGGUUAAAAUAUAUGCUCAUGAAUUAAGUGAUCAAACAAACCAACUUGUUAAAGUAUUUGAUACAUUAACAGUUGAACAAAUUUAUGGUGAUUGUCAACAAAAAUUAGAUACAUGGAAAAAUCAUAUGAUAACAAUUAUUAAUACAAAAUAUCAAGAAGCAUCAAAAACUCUCUUUGAUUUUAAUAUUCAAUUAUUAGUCGAAUUUAAUCAAUUUAAACAAAAUAGUUUAAGUGAAUUACAAAAUCAAAUUGCCGUUCCAUUAUGUGAUAUGUUAACAAAACAAACACAAAUACAUCCUCGUCUAUUAGAUAAUAUUAAUGUUAAAUUAACAAAAAUACAAAAUGAAGUGAAUAGAAUCAAACAAUUAAUGCUCUUACAGGUAUGGAAUUUAUUUGCCAGUCAAUUAUAG